UUGCUUAAGCUCGGAAUUUUACAUUUGGAUUAGGCUUUUGUUUGAAUUGCGUAUCAGAAAGGAUUCAACUUGUUAUUGAAAAUGUAUAAAUGUAUUCAAAUGUGUAGGACCUGCGAGAUGUUACCGUCAAAUUAAGGGAAAGCCAUACCCUAAAUCAAGAUACUGUCGUGGUGUUCCCGAUCCUAAGAUCAGGAUUUACGAUGUUGGUAUGAAGAGGAAAGGAGUUGAUGAGUUCCCUUACUGUGUUCAUUUGGUUUCAUGGGAGAAAGAGAAUGUUUCAAGUGAAGCUCUUGAAGCUGCUCGUAUUGCUUGUAACAAGUACAUGGUGAAGUCUGCCGGGAAAGAUGCGUUUCAUCUCCGUAUUAGAGUUCAUCCUUUCCAUGUUCUUAGGAUCAAUAAGAUGCUUUCUUGUGCUGGAGCUGAUAGACUUCAGACUGGUAUGAGAGGUGCUUUUGGCAAAGCUCUUGGUACUUGUGCUAGAGUUGCUAUUGGACAGGUUCUUUUGUCUGUGAGGUGCAAAGAUGCUCAUGGUCAUCAUGCUCAGGAGGCUCUUCGUCGUGCUAAGUUUAAGUUCCCUGGUCGUCAAAAGAUCAUUGUUAGCAGGAAAUGGGGGUUCACCAAGUUUAACCGUGCUGAUUACACAAAGCUAAGGCAAGAGAAGAGGAUUGUCCCUGAUGGUGUAAAUGCCAAGUUCCUAUCUUGCCAUGGUCCGUUGGCUAACCGUCAGCCCGGAAGUGCGUUCUUGUCAGCUGGUGCACAGUGAUGCAGAUGACUUGUCGAUGUGGAGUUGAUAUCCUAGUUUUGGCAGAUACUCAGUUUUUAUUUUUUUGUUGGUAGUGACAGUUACAAACAAUUCUCUUGCGGUUCUGUUGUUCAUGGAUAAGUUUUAUGAAAGACUUGUUUUGUUAUCUUUCAUUUAUGCAAAUUUGGAAAUGAGCUUA